AUAAGUAACACUUUGUUACUAUUCAUAUGCAAUAAAUCAAAUAUCAACUACUAUUGCAUAUCAUUUUCUCACUCAUGCAAUACAAUAAAAAUAUCAAAUUCAUGCUUAUUACUAUAAUGUCUUUCCUUUGAUUUGUUUAAUAAAGUGUGGAAAACAUCUAAAUUUAAUUGCACAUUUAUGUUUUGACUACAACUCUAAAAAGGUAUAUGUUUUUGAUGAAAAAUAUUGACUCGCAUGUUGUAGUACAACAUUGUAAUAUCAUCUAAUUACGUCAAUACUAUAACACAUCAAUAAUAAAAAAAAGCCUUGAAAAAAAUAUAUGAUAACUAUAUGGAUACAAUAAGAACAACACUGAUUUCAUGUAUCAUUUGUCUAUGAAUGAAUAAAUGUUUUGAUGUAGAGACGUGUAAAAGUGUAUACUGAACAUAUUACGGAAGUAAAAAAUGAUCUUCUCUUGUAAAACUAUCUGUUUAGCAAUAGCGUUGCUAUGUAUAGUCCUUCUGAGAGAGUGCAUAUUAUAAAAGAACUAUUAAAAAAGCUACAAAAGAAUAGAGGCACGGCAGACUGAAAUGGAACAGAACGUAUUGUCAUGCUGAAAAACGAUAAACAAACAAUCAAGAUUCAGAAAAAAAUUGAAAUUAUUAAGUAAGUUUUAGUUUGAACUAUUUCAUCGUGAUGAACGAAUUAUUACGAAGAGUCAAAAAGCAAAUAGAAUUAUUAAAAAAUGCUGUAUUUAUAUUCCAUUUUCUUAAUGUAUGUCGAUAACAAGGCGCAUUCAUUUAAUAUUAAGUAGCGGCGUGUAUUUCCUUGAUCUUCUCAUGAGUGAGAGUUCGAAACAUCAAAUGGCUUCGGAAGUGCAGAUGUCGAAUUUCGAUACCAUGCCUCACAAGACUGAACCCAGUUUGAGUUUAAGCACUUUAUGUAGACUUUUAUUGAUACUUAGUCAUUUAUGAACACAAGUAAACCGUUAGAUUAUGAAAUACUGUUAAUUUGAUUGCUGCGCAAGUUAACAACUUUAGAAGUUAUCAUUUCAUUACAUUUGGAUCCUGCAAAUAAUAUAACUCGGCUAUGACAGACAAGAAUUUCUAAAUUUUUAUACAUAAGUCGUCGCAAUAUUUUACUUGAUUACAGUCGAAAAUACAUAAUCAAAAAAAGAGUUCGAUCAGAGAAUGUUCUGAUCAGUCAUGCGUCUCAUAUCUAUUGGAUCAAUAUAGCAUAUGAACAUGUGUGUGGUUGACUAUUUCUUUUGGAUUGAAUUUCUAUGACUAGAUGAAAAAAUAUGAACAACAUGAUUUAUGAUAAAAUCUAGACUUGCAAUUACGACGAUAACAUUUGUUUUCGGACUUAUCGAAAUUAAGGUUUUUAUGCAGAAUAAUAGAUAUAGAAAGAACCUUGACUUCUCAUUUUGUUUUAUAAUAAGCCGAAUUAAUAGGAAACAAAUUGUUUUUAUAUAUACAAGGUGAGCUAAAAGUUACUUUACCGAAGAAAAAAUUGAAUAUUUUUACUACUGCCUGCACAACGAGCUGAUUUUUGAUAAAUGCCUUGGCAGACCCUUUGUAGUGUAUCACUAUCAAUCUCAACAAAAAGUUGAUUUGUUCACAGUAAGAAAAAAAUCAAUAAUAUAAAGUUUGAAUUUGUUCCCACUAUUAAUAAAAAAACGACUUUUAAGUAAUCUUAUAUGUACGCAACUUUGAAAGAAAAUAUUUUAGAAAGUAGAUUAUAUCGAUGUUCUUGCUGACAAUUAUCAGUAUUAAAAAAAGAAUUUAUUUUUCUUUUAUAAUUUUCUUUAGAAAAACAAAUUAGAAACAUAUUCUAUCACUCACUUCAACUUGAUAAUAAAUAUAAAACUAUCACCGUUCAAACAACGGAAAAAAAAUAUACGUAAUAAAUCGUUUUAGCGAUAUUAAUGUUUCAUUUAAAAGACUUCCACCUGUUUAUGGUUUUCGUAGCGAAAAACUUGUUCCUCUUGAAAAAGCAUUGGAACCUAUAACGUCUGAAAUCGAUGAACUACCAUAUUACAUAAGGACAGCUAAAAAGUACUGCCAUUUUCCGUCUGAACAUGGACUAUCAAAUGAUGAAUCAGCAGCUAUCUACAUAUAUACAAUGGAAUGGGGCGAUAAUACACUGUAUCGCAUAUUAAAUAAAGCACUACGAUCCGAAGAUCGACAAGCAUUAAAAAUAUGGUUUCCAUACCUGAAAUUAUUUGAUGCAGCAUUAAACAAGCUACCUCCUGUUAAAGAAGUAGUAUGGAGAGGAAUACCUCUUGAAAUUGGCAAGAGCUUCACCAAAAAUCAAAUUGUAGCUUGGUGGAGUGUUAAUUCAUCUGUUAAUGGCAAAAAAGUUUCUGGAUAUACAGAAUAUGAAAAUGAAGAUGAAAUAUUAUUACGAAUGGGAUCACAAUUUCGUGUGAAGAGUGAUUGUUUGGAAGAAUCGAAAGAUUCACAGGUCGUUCAUUUAAUUGAAGUUAAUAACGAUGACGAUAACGAUCAACCAUCAGCAUCGUCUAUCAACAAUGUAUCAUCGGUUGCAACAUUAUCGCAUAAACAUAUAUCAAGUACGUUAUAUUUAUAA